AUGGACCCCGGGCCCGUAGCAGACCUAGGUUUGCGGAAUUUCCGCGGGGAUCUGAGGCUGCAGCGCAGUGGCGCCAGCAGCCUGCACUGCCCCAUGCUUUUGGUGGUCGGUCAGAACUCCCCCGACGAAGACGCCGUGGUGGAGUGUAUUGUCAAGCUCGACCCUACCCAAACUCCCUUCCUCAAGAUGGCAGACGGGGGCGGCCAACCCCAACUCACCCAGCCAUCCAAGCUGACGGAGGCCUUCAAGUACUUUGUGCAGGGGAUGGGCAACAUGGCCGCGUCCACCAUGACUCGCUUGUCCCGGUCCCGAACCGCUUCGGUCGCCAGUUCCGGCUCGGCCGAAGGCGAACGGGGCCGGAGCCGAACCCUGUCCCGCGGCAGCGUCGGGGGAGGACCCGGGAGCCCUUGAUCCGCCCCUUCCCCGGUAACGGAGGGACCGCCCGAACCGAACCCGGCGGCGCUUCGGCUCCUUCCGUCCCCCCCUCGGGUGUUUCCGUCCCCCCUCGGGUG